CUGGUUGAGGUAAAUCAGAUUAAACUGUCCAAUCCGGAUUGAAUAGGCAGGAAUAGUGGACGAAUGGAAAGCCACUGCUGGCUGGUGGACUGCUCAUACAUCCAAUAGUCAGGGUGGCAAAUAGGGGUAAUGUGUCCGUAGUGCGGUGGUAGCCACACUCGGUGUGAUAGGUGACACUGGCAACACCGACUGAUGUCAGUCUGGUUCCUCAAUCCGACAGGAGAAGUUCGCAUUCUGCUCAAAUCUACUGGGUUUGAGACAAUUUUACAUCCCGGGAAAAUUAACGAAGGAUGGGGAUCUACCAUUUGAGGUGACUGGAGGAUCUGGAUGUUACAAGAUAUCCACACACACGCUCCUGAGAAACGACGGAGAGAGAGAUCGAGAGAGGGAGAGAGAGAGAGGGCCAUGCUCACACUCCCCAGCCGCUGAGUAAACCCCCCGCCGCAGCCGCUGUUUGUUUCGGUGUUGUCUCUUCCGAGGAUGGAGUGACCAAAACCCUCUCCGGAUGAUUUGAUGGGGUUGCUCAGAGUCAUUAUGCCGCCCAAGUUGCAGCUGCUGGCGCUGCUUGCGUUCGCAGUGGCCAUGUUCUUCCUGGAGAACCAGAUCCAGAAGCUGGAGGAGUCCCGCGGAAAGCUCGAGCGAGCCAUCGCCCGGCAUGAAGUGCGGGAGAUCGAGCAGCGGCACACGCAGGACGGCCUGAGGGAGCGCGAGGCGGCGGCCGCGCUGACCAACAGCGAGGACGACUUGGUCAUCAUCUACAACCGCGUGCCCAAGACCGCCAGCACCUCCUUCACCAACAUCGCCUACGACCUGUGCGGGAAGAACCACUACCACGUGCUGCACAUCAACACCACCAAAAACAACCCCGUCAUGUCCAUACAGGACCAGGUGCGGUUUGUAAAGAACGUGACAGAAUGGAGGGAAAUGAAGCCGGCGUUUUACCACGGACACGUCUCCUUCCUGGAUUUUACCAAGUUUGGAGUGAAGAGGAAGCCCAUCUACAUUAACCUGAUCAGAGACCCCAUCGAGAGGCUGGUAUCUUAUUAUUACUUCCUGCGGUUCGGGGACGACUACAGACCCGGCCUGAGACGCAGGAAACAAGGAGACAAGAAGACGUUUGACGAGUGCGUGUCAGCCGGCGGAUCGGACUGUGCUCCUGAGAAACUCUGGCUCCAGAUCCCCUUUUUCUGUGGCCACUAUUCUGAAUGCUGGAACGUGGGCAGCCAGUGGGCGCUGGAGCAGGCCAAAUACAACCUGGUGAAUGAGUACAUGCUGGUGGGAGUCACCGAGGAGCUGGAGGACUUUGUGAUGAUGCUGGAGGCUGCGUUGCCACGGUUCUUCAGAGGAGCCACAGAGUUGUACAAAACGGGAAAGAAAUCCCACUUGAGGAGGACCAGUGAGAAAAAGCCACCCACUAAGGAAUCCAUCGCCAAGCUGCAGCAGUCAGCCAUCUGGAAGAUGGAGAACGACUUCUAUGAGUUUGCGCUGGAGCAGUUCCAGUUCGUCAGGGCCCAUGCUGUCAGAGAAAAAGACGGGGAACUCUACCUGCUGGCUCAAAAUUUCUUCUAUGAGAAAAUCUAUCCCAAAAACUGAAGAGAGGACUCUCAGAAGAGCGGUUUUGAGUCUCCUGUGUGUGUUAAGUUGACUCAUUCUGAGGAAACGGAAGCGGAGAGAUGCGCCGCCGUUUACUUGCUAGAUUUGUGAUGGAGGACUUACUGUGGCGCUGCUACGUGACGGGUCCUUUUCUGGCUCGGCUGGCUGGUCGGGGAGCUUGUGUUUCAUCAGCGGGGGGUCCUCAGCCGCUUCUCCACUUUGUUUUCCUUCCACAACAAAAUCAGAGGAGCCCUGACUGGACCGUGGAUCUGGUUCGGACCUGGCUCUUCGCUUAACCUGGGGGAGAGAAAAAGUCACUGGCUCUGUACUGUUUGAUUGUGUUUGGUUGUGUUUUAGCUCUUUGCAAUGAUUUAUUGUUCAUAUGUGAGGACUGACAUUUUCCACAGUGAGGUGACAUAUUCAUGCCUCACCACAGUGACUAACUUAAAGAGACAGUAACAGUAAAAAGCUGAAUACUUUCUUGAACCUAAAGAACAUUUGUCUGGGUUUAUUUUGUUUGUUUUAUUGGACUAUUUACUGAGGCAGGUGUGUGUGUUUUAUACUUUACUUGAUGUGUGACUCUAGUAAACGAGGGAUGCUUUCAAUGUUAUUGGAGUGUGUCAGAACGUUGCAAUUUCUCUAAACAUUUCAAUCCAUUUCGUUCCUGCCAGUGGGUUGUAUAACUUGUAGAGAUGCACAGAUCAGCGGUUUGUGGCCGAUUCAUGACCAACGUUAUUCAAAAGGUUUUGUCGGCUCUAGUGGCCUUUUUUUUAGCAGUUGUCAGACAGGAAAGUGUAUUAUAAGAGAGGGAAGACAUGCAGCGAAGGUCAUUGAACUAAUUCCUCCAUGCCUGGGUCACACUUUACCGCUGAGCCCCAUCAACAAUUUUUGUAAAUUGUUUUGAUCUGCAAGUACCAAUUUUGGUCUGAUUUUCUUUAAGAACUACUUAGAACUACUUUUUUUUAAACAGUGUUCAAAUUAGUUUGCAUUUAAAAAAGAUGGGAAAGGUCGCUAAUUAUUUAUGUCCAGAGCAGAGGUGAAGUCGCUGUAUAAAAGAAAAUUUUGUCAGUCACAAACAAAGACAAAAAGUAUUACAGAGGGAUUUGAGUUCUUUUGACUGUUUUGUUAGCUAUUAGCAUGGUUAGCUUAGUUAGCAUUACUGGGUUAAAAAGGAGUGUCGGUGUGUAUUCAGUACAUUAGCGGUGAAACUACAGCACAACACAAUCAUCUUCUCACAUAUUUUGAUCUUUAUUGAUGCUUUGCUGGAGCAACGGUGGAAUGCUUUGUUUUGUUAGGUUUGCAAACAUCACAAUUUAGUGCAUGAUAUCACCUCAAAUGACAAUAGGUAUCUCAAUCGCUAUUUGUAAUCUAAAACAGUCAGAUUAGAAGGUCAGAAGGAUAAAACAGGAACUUUGUUGCAACAUGUUCCUCCUCCCUGGAUUCUACUAAAGUUCGCUUUAUGUCAGUUUCUUCCUUCCACUACUUGGGGGAGGGAGGGAACCCCGAAGGUACGUUUCAAUUGACGUCUUAUGGCAGACAAUUUAUUUUUUUAAGUCCAGAAAAGGUCUGGUGUGAAAGGCCCUCAGACUGCAGACAGCAUUUGGAGUGAAACGAUCAGCAUCCAGUGAGGUCCGGCUCUGUGUUGCCGCAGUCUGAAUGACCGGCUGACAGGAGAUAGUUUUUCUGUUUUUAAAAAGCCGCUUGCUCGCUUUUGUGCUUCCUCCAUUUCAAAACACCUCAACGUUUCUGGGGAAAAAAAGCUAACCUUUGAGUCUUCUUCCCUCCACAGCAACUUACUCACUGAAGAAGGUUGCCGUCAGUGGAGUCUUUCAAAUUUCUGGGUUUCUGACCACAAAUUGGUCACCAGCCGAUUUUUCUGUGCAUCUCUAAAGUAACUUAUGAUUCUAUAUAAUUUUUAAAGUUUCUUCUCUAGGAUCACUCCUAAGCCAACAUUUUAUUUGUGUUGUGGCUGAAUUUUAAAGUAACUAAAAUUUGUUUGUCUUGCUUGUCUUUCUUUCUGUUUUUUUUCUUUCUUCCUUUCUUCUUUUUUUUGCUCCUACAUUUGGCAGGAACAUGAUGUCAAUUUCAUUUUUUUUUUUUUGUCAAUCUAUUUCAUUGUGGAAACAUCUCCCGGCAUAAAAAUAUGGAACCUACAAUCAUAGAAGAGGUUUGUCAGCAAAAUAAAUAAAUAAAAUAAAGCAGAAAAAAUUACAUCUAACAUUAGAAAAAAAUAUAUUGUUGUAAUUAAGCUGAUUUUUUUUCUUAAAUCAAGCAGAACAAAGAAUUAUGGAAUCACUCAAUUUUGAGGAAUAAAUUAUGGAAUUACCAUGGUUACAAUCUGAUGCUACAACUGUCACCAUUUCUGUGUUUGACCUUCAGUUAGCCCCGCCCCUCCUCCCAAAUUUCACCAUACCUGGAUCAAACUGCUGUUGUUGGUCCUGAUAUUCUGAGUAGGAGUCCGGGACCCAAAUCAAGUUCUGCUUAUGGCCACAUAUAACCUUGGGCCGGCCCUGAUUGGAGCAAUUAUUUGAUGAUUUCUUUAAAUUGAAUUGUGGCACAUUAAGACCUCUACAAGCUGAAUCGUGAACCAAUUAUUUUGUGUUGUACCUGUGCUUUUAUUUUUUUUGCUGCUGUAAAGUUUAAACAACAUUUACCCUCUUUAAUUGUAUUUUCUGUAUCAUUUUGCCUGGAUUUGUAGAGAACUACAGCAGAGAAAUGUAAUUUCCACUGGAAGCUGGAAACAAAGCAGGACCUUUGUAAUGUAAGGUAUCUUUUAACCAUAAAAACUUGUUUCACCAUGCCACCUUCAAAAAUGUUGACUAUAGGAGAUUAUGUUGCCAAGGCAACCUGCUGGUAAUGUAGAUUACCAGCAGGUUUUUAAUCUCACUUUGAUGCUCAUCUGAUUAGUGCUGCAUAAACCCGAUCAUUUUUAGAAUAAACUAGCCACACAAAGAGGAUAAUAUGUUUAUCUGUGAGUUUAGCUCGUGUCACAUUAUGGACACAUAAUGUCACAUUACGCACUUAAAGGCCUGCGGACUGAUCAGCUGUAGUAUCCAUUCAUUCUACAGCUGAAGAAUCCAUUCAUUCUGUAGAAUGAAUGGAUUCUUCAGCUGUAGAAGUGGUAUUGUGUGCCAAAUUGUGGGACACAAUACCACAAUUUGGUAUUGUGUGCCUUUUCUCCGGUUCUCGUUGCUUUGCAGCUUUGUGUGAAGGAACAGAAAUACAACACUGGCUGUCGUGUGUUUUUAAUUUGGUUCUGACAAAAAAAAAAAAAAAACAAUAUACAAAAGACUUUCAUGAGAUCUUGUGUUGUUUUAAUUAUUUUUCCUAUUCCAUGCAAAUGUCUGUGCUUCAGCGCCAGCUUCUACAUAGCCAGGAUUGGACAGAUAGAAAGCCACUAGGGUGGCUGAUCCAAUACAAGACUCAUGUCCUUUAGAGAUAACAAGCUGCCAUGCCAGCUCCUGUGUGCGUGUGUGUGUGUGUGUGGGCGUGUGUGUACUUAGUUGUUAUUUCCACUACAGUUAUUUGAGUGCUCUUCAGAUCUGUACAAAAGGUUCCUACAAUCUUCAAAAGUACAGAAUUUGAUAUCAAGUCUGGGUAAGUAUA